AGCUUUAAAGCAUCAUUAGAAUCAGGAAAUACUACUCAACAAAGCAAAAUAACGCGGGAGUUUGGUUUAUUUGUUUGUUUUGACAGGGAAGUGCCUUAUAAACGAAUAGAUACGCUAACUUUCUAUUUAAUAUACUUUAAAUAGAAUGUCUUGUUUAUGCUAUUUACCGUUUUAAAAUAAUGUUACGCCGAAAUAAUAAGCGAAAGAUUAGCUAUAGACCUAGAUCAACGUCUUUUUCAUAUGGAUCUUCAUCAGAGGAAGAGGAUAGUGACUAUAAUUCCCAUGCUUCAGGAUUGAGAGUGAGAAGCAAAUCUAUUAAUAGAGGCAGAUGGUUAAAAGAAGAGGAUGAAAAGCUAAAGGUUUUAGUUGAAACUUAUGGUGAGAGUCAAUGGGAAUUAAUUGCUAGUAAAUUUCCUGACCGAAGUGAUGUCCAAUGUCAGCAAAGAUGGUACAAAGUUGUCAAUCCAGAACUUGUCAAAGGACCUUGGACAAAAGAAGAAGACGAGAAAGUUAUUGAACUCGUUAAGAGGUAUGGUCCAAAAAAAUGGACCCUCAUAGCUAAACAUCUUAGAGGAAGAAUUGGGAAACAGUGUCGAGAAAGGUGGCACAACCAUCUAAAUCCUUGUAUCAAGAAAACAGCAUGGACAUUGGAGGAAGAAAAAUUGAUUUGCCAAUAUCAUAGGUUGUGGGGUAACCAGUGGUCAAAGAUUGCUAAACAGCUACCUGGCAGAACUGACAACUCAAUUAAAAAUCACUGGAACUCUACACUGAAGAAAAAAGUUGCAUAUCUUCUUGGCGAUAAGCAUUCUCCUCCACAGAAUCGAGCUUACAAGAAAAAGAAGUAUGUUAACCAAGUACCUCAGGCAAUAAAGGUGCCAAAAAAUAUCUUACCUAAUGGAAAAAUAGGUAUUUCUCAUUCAGCUAAAAAUUUCAAACCACUCUGUAAAAGUUUUUCUCAAGUUCUUGAUUUUCCUGCCCAAAUCAAGAUUGAACCGCCUAGUUUGGAUGAUGAAAUGGGACAAACCUUGGAGUUUCCCACAAAUCAGUUACUGUUACCUGAUGCAACAUAUCCCGGUAUCAACAGUAUGAAAAAUCAACCUAUGGCUUCCUCUAUUGAAUUACAAGAUCCACCUUUUCCCGGUGUUGAGUUGCUUCCCUCUAUCAAUGCAGCUUUGAGUACUAAUGUUGAAAAUUUGGACGUCUCUGAGAUUAUGAACACUAGUUCACUAGCAGAUGUAUCUAUGUCUAUGUGUUAUGAUCAAAUAAUGCUUAGCACACCCAUUAAAACUGGGUCACCAUCUCAUAUAAAUUACACAUUUAAUGGUCAUAUCUUUGAUGCAAUUAAACAAGAAUCUGUUAAUCAGGGUCUAAUCCCCAUUCCAUCUGAAAUGAUGACCAGAUAUGCCUCUCCAUCCACAUCCAACAAAACGGCAAAACAUUCCGAUGUUUCUCUUUUAACGGAUUGCAAUGAGACAAGCUUAGGAAAUGAUGCAACUAUGGAUUCCAGUGAACAACUUCUUCAUUUUUUGAAACAUGGAUUCGAGCAAGUGACAGAUUUCGAAAGCAAAGAUCUAAUUUCAGAAUUUAAUGAUUUUUCAAAAAUAUUUUUAUCUCCCAAGCCACAUCGUGAAGGGAACUUUAAGCCUCUUCCGGAUGUUGAUACAUUUUCGCUUGAUAAUGUGGAAAUCCAGUCACCAUUUAAAGAAUUGUUACUCACCUCAACUCCAUUGAAAAAUGGUAGCCCCAUGGAACCAUUAACUUUUUCCCCAUCACAAUUUUUGAAUUCAGCUUUGACCUCAACUCCAAAAUCUCACACAAAAUUAAGCUUGCUUUGUUAUGAUGAUCCAGAAGCAUCGAGUGUCCUCCAAACUCCUAAAGUUCCAAUGCUGAGUUCAACAAUUAACUCUCCAACUCCAUUGAGAGAUGUUUUUAACUAUAAUCUGUCUAGAAGUUCUUCAUUAAGAAAAAAAAAAUAUGGGAGCCUGUAUUUGAAUGGUGAUGAGAGGAAGUUUUCUGUUAUGGGUACAGAUUCAAGCUUAUUUCAAGAUAUCGAUGCUGUGGAUAAAGAGAAUGUUAUUCCACCAAGACUGGGCGUUCGUAAAGCACUUCACAAAACUUGGAUGACAGAAAGUGAAUUGGCAGAUUUGGGAAUUGAGAAAAGUCCUGAAACGCCGAGUAAAUCCUUGCUUGGUGACUCUUUAGUUUCAUUUUCUCCUCCAUCUAUUGUGAAGGAAACUUUGUUGGAUACAAACCUGUCUGCAGAGUUAAAUAAUGCCUUUCUUGCUCCCACAAUCAGAAAUAAGCCUAAGAAAAAACGUAGAAAAGAAGAUCUUACUCCCAGAAAAUUUAGUUUCGCUGAGACCUUUUCCAAAUGGAACUGUGUGACGUUUGGGAGAACCUAUGAUCAGGUAGAGCUAACUGAAGUUGCAAGACAGUGGAUGUCCUCUAUCCGUCCGAGAUCUUUGAAUUUAUAAAGAUACAAAUGGGAAAAAAAAAUCUGAACAUGAACUAGAUAUUUUCAAUCACUUUAAAUGGCACAUAUAAAACAUCAAAAUUAAUUUUGAUUUUUAAUUGUAAAUAUUCAGAACCUGAAAAGUGUGAGUUUUUUUAUUGCAAUUAAUUCUGGAAUAAUAUCAUGAGGCAUUUUUAUCAUACUUUUCUCCGUCAUGCUUUUACCAAUCAUUUUAUUUUAUUUGUAAUUAGGUUAAAUAAAUAUUACUCAAUUUUUUGAUUCAAGUAAUUCAGUUAAUAUUUUAAAUGCUGCCUUAUUUUAUUUCUAUGAAAAUAUUUAAUUAAGGAAAAAUCAAGUUACUUAAUGAUUAUAUUUUUAGUUGUUUGAUGGAAAUGAUGAUAUCCUUGUAUACUUAUUGAUCUAAAUAUGAGAUCCUUUAAAUUUAGUAUAUUAUUUGCAUGUAAAUGCAGGGCUUAAAAUUAAUAGUGAUCUGCUGGUUUGGGAACACUAAAAUUUGACUUUGACCCCUUUUAAAUAAGUAUCAGUAGUUCUCAAGACCAGUAAUUGUUGUAUGUAGUGUAAAAUUUUUGAUUUUCACUUAUGUGUGUUUGUUACAAAAUAGCAUAUUU